AUGUCAACACCAAUGAUAGACCCCAUUCCACAGCGCAGCAGCUGGUGGAAACAACAUAACGCAUAUUAUGGCAUACCAGCGGAAGGGUCGAGUGAUUUUGAAUUCCGCCCGGCACCAAGAAUAUUCAGAUAUCCAGGACCAUUAACCGAAGACAACCUAGGCGACCAGACGAAGUCAGGCAAAACAAGAUCUUUCUUGGAUUAUGGUGAUCCUAAACCCCGCAUCUGGUCUCAUGAAAACAUGCCACCCGACCCCAGCAAGAGUCAAUGGAGUUUCACGCCGAACACUCCAACGCACAUCGCUCAAAUACUUCAAAUACUCGAACUAGGAGAUCUAGCCUUCGCACAAGCCAAAAAUGGACAGGUUAUGACGCCUCCGCGAUGUGGUCGUGAUCAUACAUUCCCGGAGAUACUAGCAGCAACCGCCCUGGCCAAAAUGCAAGAAAGUGGAUUCAAGGAAUUACCCUCACAAGAGGACGUCUUCGAGUUGUACCAUAAUUGGAAUAUGUAUGUUGAUCGAGCGGGAUUAUCUAAUGCUGAGAUUCCAUGGGGUUUCAGGGAUGCUUUUGAUGCGGAGGGUAAAAGAAAGAUUAGCUGGAUGGCUUAUAACGACAAUAUUUUACCCUAUCUUGCACUUUUGACGAACGAACAAAAUGUCGCUUACGAGGCUUCGCCAGUUACUACUCUGCUCGAACUGGAAGUUCAGAAGGAUAUGGAGAAGAUGUUGAAGGCGCAGGAGCUGGUCGUCAAUGCUACUUCUUUUAUGAAGUCUUUUUCUGAACUAUUUCCUAAGCGAGGGUACUGA